UAUCUCAGAUUAAAGUUCAAAUCUGAUAUGAUAGGAUGGCUAGCGUUGAGGUCUUAAGUUCAAGUUGUGAUAUAAACAGAAGAUUUUUUUUUCUUCACAAGUUUUUGCAGGUGGUCUCAGGUUCAAGUUGCAGUAUAAUGAAUAGAAAGUCUCAAGUUCAAAUCCACACAAAAAAUUGUAUCAGCAAGAUGAGUAAACAGGCAGCAGCAUUGCUGAUGAUGAUUAUCAUGUUUGGAUCUUUACCCAGAAAGAAUGGCUGUCCUGUUGUCAAUUCUAGCAGCGGAACAUACCAUGCAGGGCCUGUUAAUGAAUUGGACGCCAACAUAUUCAAUUUUGCUCUGAAUUUGGAGUACCUGGAGUGCGAAUUUUUUCUUGGGGGUGUAUAUGGCAAGGGGCUUGAUAGAUUUGCAGCUAAUCUCACAGGAGGUGGGCCUACCCCACUAGGCGUUCGUAUAGCCAAUCUCGAUUCUCAAACUAGAGAUAUUGUCCAGCAAUUUGCCUUCCAGGAAAUCGGCCAUAUUAGAAUAAUUAGGGAGACUGUACAGGAAGCCAUUCCUAGACCUCUGCUGGAUUUGAGAGCAGAGACAUGGGCAAAGUUCUUUGAUGAAGCUGUGGGAUUCAGACUCAAUCCUCCAUUUGAUCCAUAUGCCAAUUCUGUGAAUUAUGUGCUUGCUAUGUAUGUUGUUCCAUACAUGGGUUUGACAGCUUAUGUUGGCUCCAAUCCUAAUAUAACCUCACAGGCUGGAAAGCGGCUGUUAGCAGGUCUUCUGGGAGUGGAAUCGGGGCAAGAUGCAGUGAUACGUUACUGGCUGUAUGAGAGAGCACAACACAAGGUUUAUCCCUAUGCCUUCACUGUUGCAGAGAUGACAUCUUUCAUUUCCAACCUUAGAAAUUGCCUGGGAAAAACAGGCAUUGUGGAUGAAGGAAUAAUAGUUCCCCCACAACUCGGUGCAGAAGGGAAAGUGAGUGGUAACAUUCUGUCAGCAGACGCCAACUCUCUGUCGUAUAGCAGAACUCCGAGGGAAACGUUAAGGGCUGUGUACAGUACAGGAAAUGAAUCAAAACCUGGUGGGUUUUAUCCACAGGGAGCCAAUGGGUUUAUUGCACGUAGUUAUCUGCACCAUUGACAGAUUGCUUAUUACUACAUGCAUGUGGGAAUUGAACAUCUACCUUAGGAAAAACAAAAGGAAGGAAGAAUGAAGACCGGUGGGUGGAGGAGUUUUAUUUGUUGUUUGUCUUAGGAAAAACUCUGGCUUGCUUGUAGUACAAUUAAUGGCAGUUAUAUAGAAUGAUAAUAAUAUAAUUCUGGUUCAUUUA